CGCGCUCGGCAGCGCCCGCCGCUCCCGCCGGCCCCCCCGGGCCCCUCCAGCCGCGCCGCUGCCCCGGGGGGCGGCAGCGCCGCUCCUGCCGCGAUGCCGGGCUGGAGGAAGAGCCUCGCCCUGUGCCUGCAGCGGAUGCAAGAGGACGAUGAUGGCCCUUACUCAAAGGGGAGCAAGGACUCUGGUGGGAUGGACACAGCCCUGGUCUCCAGGAGGCAAAGCAUCCCAGAGGAAUUCAGAGGGGUCACAAUCGUGGAGCUGAUUAAGAAAGAAGGAAGCACCCUGGGUUUAACCAUUUCAGGUGGCACAGACAAAGAUGGAAAGCCAAGAGUCUCCAAUCUGAGGCCGGGAGGACUGGCUGCAAGGAGUGACCAGCUGAACGUGGGGGAUUACAUCAAGUCGGUGAACGGCAUUAACCUGACCAAGCUGCGGCACGACGAGAUCAUCAGCCUGCUGAAGAACGUGGGCGAGAGGGUGGUGCUGGAAGUGGAGUACGAGCUGCCCCCAGCCGUACCAGAAAGCAGUGCUGGCAUUAUUCCCAAGACCAUUGAAGUGUCCCUCUACAAGGAAGGCAACAGCUUUGGCUUUGUGCUGAGAGGGGGAGCCCAUGAAGACUGGCACAAGUCCAGGCCACUGGUGCUCACCUAUGUGAGGCCAGGGGGCCCUGCAGACAGGGAAGGGUCGUUGAAAAUUGGGGACAGGCUGCUGAGUGUGGAUGGGAUCCCUCUGCACAGCAUGACCCACGCUGACGCCCUCAACAUCCUGCGGCAGUGCAGCCAGGAGGCACUUUUCCAGAUCGAGUAUGAUGUGACCAUCAUGGAUACUGUAGCAAAUGCUUCUGGUCCUUUACUAGUUGAAAUAGCAAAGACUCCAGGGUCUACCCUGGGAAUCACACUGACCACAGCCAUGCACCGGAACAAGCAGGUCAUUGUCAUCGACAAGAUCAAGCCAGCCAGCGUGGUGGACAGAUGUGGUGCAUUGCACGUUGGUGACCACAUUCUCUCCAUCGAUGGCACAAGUACAGAGCACUGCUCCUUAUUAGAGGCAACUCAACUUUUAGCUGCCACUUCUGAAAAUGUCAAGCUGGAGAUAUUACCUGUUCACCAAAGCAGGCUGCCUUUGAAGCCUCCAGAAACAGUCAAGGUGCAGAAGAGUGACCACCAUCACUGCUGGGACCCCUGUGUCAACUACUGUCACACCCAUCAUCCUGGACACUGCAAGACACCCACUUGGAACCAGACAUCUGGACAGGAUUACUGCAAAUCUCUGGUGGCUGCCAACUUCUCGUCUCCCACCAUGAACGCGCAGGGAUUCCCGUGCCAGAACUCCAACACGCUACCUCGCAGCUCCCACCCCAUGAGCCCCCGCACCACCAUGCUGAGGAGGAGGCAGAAGAAGAAGGAGCACAAGAGCUCAUUGUCGCUGGCCUCCAGCACGGUGGGUCCUGGCGGGCAGAUAGUCCACACGGAGACAACAGAGGUGGUCCUCAGGGGAGACCCUUUGAAUGGCUUCGGACUGCAGCUCCAGGGAGGCAUCUUUGCUACUGAAACUCUGUCUUCCCCACCUCUCGUCCGUUUUAUAGAGCCUGACAGCCCGGCAGAGAGGUGUGGGCUGCUGCAAGUAGGAGACAGAGUCCUUUCCAUCAAUGGCAUUGCCACGGAGGACGGGACCAUGGAGGAAGCCAACCAGCUCCUGCGGGACGCGGCGCUCACCAACAAAGUGGUGCUGGAGGUGGAAUUCGACGUCGCAGAGUCUGUCAUACCCAGCAGCGGUACUUUCCACGUUAAAUUGCCCAAGAAAAGAGGUGUAGAGCUUGGAAUUACAAUCAGCUCUGCAAGCAGAAAGCUUGGGGAUCCUUUGAUCAUCUCUGACAUCAAGAAGGGGAGUGUAGCACAUAGAACUGGCACCUUGGAGCCGGGAGACAAGCUGUUAGCCAUUGAUAACAUCCGACUCGACAAUUGCUCAAUGGAGGAUGCUGUGCAGAUUUUAAGGCAGUGUGAAGACCUGGUCAAAUUGAAGAUUAGGAAGGAUGAAGAUAACUCUGAUGAGCAGGAGACAACUGGUGCUAUUAUCUACACGGUGGAGCUGAAGCGAUAUGGGGGCCCUUUGGGAAUAACCAUCUCUGGGACAGAGGAACCUUUUGAUCCUAUUGUCAUUUCAGGCCUCACUAAACGAGGGCUGGCAGAGAGAACCGGAGCCAUCCACGUUGGGGACCGGAUCUUGGCGAUCAACAACGUGAGCCUCAAGGGCAAACCGCUGAGCGAGGCCAUCCACCUGCUGCAGAUGGCAGGAGAGACUGUCACCCUCAAGAUCAAGAAGCAGACAGAGAAAUCCUACCCCAAGAAGUCGGGGAGCAUCAACGAAGUAAGUGACCCAGAAGAUGAGCUCACAGACUCCCAGAAAACUAGCAAGCUGUCUGAGAUAUACUCUACCACAAUUGCAAGUGUGGACAAUACUGUGGAGUCCUGGGAUGGCUCUGCCAUUGAUGCUGGGUAUGGAAGCCAAGGUACCUACAUACCCCAGGCUGCUGGCAUAGCCCUCCAUCCACACGAGUGGAGACACAGCAGGCAAAAGAGCAGCACCCCCCCAGCAGACCCCAGGAAAAACUACCCCUACAUGGAUGGAAGCUUCAGUGAAGAUGACUGGGACAAGCCCAGCAGAUACCCCAACCGCCAAAAUGGCCUUGAGACCACUCAUGAGGACAAUUUUUGGCGUGUUUUUGGAGAAGCUUUGGAGGAUUUGGAAACAUGCGGCCAGUCUGAACUUUUGAGGGAGAUUGAGGCUUCCAUCAUGACAGGCAGCGUGCACAACCUGGGCCUGGAGGGCAGCAAGCUGCUCCUGGACUCUGUGAACCCCUCGGGAAUGAGCCCACUGAGGAAAGCCAGCUCCAGCUGCACGGACGGACAGACGGACGGCGGCAGCUCCCCCGCCAAGAAGAAUGAGAGGAACCUGGACAUGAAGAAGAUCGAGAAGGAGAUGCAGGAAAUCAUGUCCCCGACCCCCGUUGAGUUUCACAAGAUGACACUGCACAAAGACCCGGAGAGCGAAGACUUUGGAUUCAGUUUGUCGGAUGGCCUGUUAGAAAAAGGUGUCUAUGUAAAUAUGGUCCGUCCGGAUGGGCCAGCAGAUCAGUGUGGCCUCAAGCCAUAUGACAGAGUGCUUCAGGUAAACCGCGUCCGAACGAGAGACUUUGACUGCUGUCUGGCCGUGCCCUUGAUUUCAGAGGCUGGAGCCAAGCUGGAGCUGGUGAUCAGCCGGACCCCCUUGGCGCUGGCUGCCUCGGAGGGGAGCAGAGAGCUGCCGGGGCCCCGCGGCGCCGAGGUCAAGGCGAGUGUGCAGACGCUCUGAGCAGCAGCAGCGCAGCAGACCAUGCCUCUGCUGAGCUCUUGUGGUGGUUGGGGUGUUUUUCUGUUUUUUGUUGCACUGGUAUUUGUAAAUGCUUUGUGUACCAUAACCUGCAAGUGGGGAGGUGGGUCUUCAGUGGGCCUGUAGACCCCAAAUAUUGCUGGAAAGGUCAGAGCUGGGUGUGCGCCGGGCUGUGGCAGCGAUGGCAGUGGGACAAACUGCCAAAGGGAGGAAAGAGCAUCCACAGCCAUCCCCCAUGGCAGGGCAUCUCCCUGUGCUCCUGCCAUCCAGUGUGCAGGGUCCUGCCCCUGACAUCCUCACUCUGAAAGGCACUGGCCAUCCUACAGACACACAUGGUGCUAUUGUGUUCUUCGUUUGCUCAGUUAAUCACAUACAGCAGGACUGAAAUGCCUUUCCUUUUAUGCUGUGCCCAGCUCCAUCCUUUCAACACUCCUGGCAAAUUAAUUCCUGCAGCCCCUUGUGCUUGCAGUGCAGGGCUGUGGAGAGAGCUGGUUGAAAGACACUUCAAAAUGUGCUUGAGAGUGGCUAAAUGCAAUUCUUGUGCAAAAAUUGUUAUUUGCAGCUGUCUGCUGCCAGCUCUAUCCACACUGCCCCCGAGGCCUGGCUUGUCCCGUAGUGGGGUGAGGCACCUUGAGUGGCUGAUUGCCAUGAGCAGUGUGGUUACCUGUGCUCAGCAGUGACUACAGAGCAGAGGCCAUACCCAAGGCUAAAGGCCUUGAGUACCUCCCUGAAUCCCUUUGUUUGUCUGAGCUUCAUGGAGAGGUCUUGCUUGCAAACCUGGCCUGUGCCUGGAAGCAAAUAGCAGAAUAGCGAAUUUUCCUGGUUUGGAUCAAUGAAACCUUGCUGUCCCUCUGAGGCAGAGGCAUGACAAGCCCUUGGUUGGGAGGGGGUGUCCUGUGUCCCGUGGCCUGUUUCCCACAGUAGCACUUUAUGUUGGUGUCCUGGUGGCGGUGUGAGGCUUUGCUUUCCCUGGGCAGGCCUGGCCAUGGAUGCAGGAGCUCGCUCAGUCAGACACAGCAGCUCCAGAGCCACUCCCCGUGCCCUGCUUGCCCUUCCAGCUGCUCCAUCCCCAGUGCUGUGUGCAGGGUUGGGUGGGUGUCAGUGUGUGUGGCUUUGCCAGCCAGAAUUGUCCCUGCUGUCUGUCCCCUGUGACAGCACAAGGUACCCGGGGUUUCUUCCAGGCACAGCCCCAUCCAGCUCUUGGUUGUUGUAGCCAUUUUCUCUUUGAGUAUGCAAUAUCCCAUACCAUUGCUGCCACAAUUGGAUAACGUGCCAUAAUUGAUACUGUGGAGCAUUGACAGUGCGGCCGAAAGUGUUUUUAUAUGCAAUAUUCUGAGCAGUGGAAGCCCACUGGGGCUUCUCAUAGGUUUUUAAUGAAGACUUUUAUUAAAGGCUUUAAAAAAAAAAAAAAAAAAAAAAAGGAGGAAGAAAAACUUGGUCCUUGUAUCCCUUCCUAUGCAUUUUGAAUGAUAUGAAGAUGAAAUGCAUUACUUAAAUGUGUAUUUUUAUCCAUAUAUUAGAGUGUAUUCCUUGUAAAGUAUUUUUAUAUGCUAAUUUUCUUAUGUAUCUAUGAAAGCACAAUAUUUAAAAGUACAGCAUUUCAAAGAAUAUUUUAGUCCUGUUUUGGACCUCUUUGUAAAUCUCUGUAUUUAAAUGGGAUUGGAAUGACUUUGACUUUUUUUUUUUUUAAUUAAAUAAAAGCAAAUGAAAUGC